AUGGCCAGCAGUCCCAAGUGGAAUCUGCUGUUGCUGGAGCAAGAGGAGGGCCUGCCCAAAACGUCACUCACGGCUCAGCAUUUGCGCGACUUCCGUUAUCAGAACAAGCAAGGACGACCCGGUGCUGGAGCUACGACACCAACGCCACACCAGCCACCCGACGUUACUGGCCGUGACUCCUGUGAGUGGCCUCCCGAGCCGACGGCGCUGUAUGAUGCAGACGAUAUUGCUCGGAUCCCAGCAUGUAUCCGUGAGGCGAAUACGCGCAAGCGGGACCGCGCUGAAGAGGUCAACCGCAUUCUAGCGUCCGCGUUAUGCCGUGACGAUGCCAAGCGUUUGUGUUUGUUGCUGGAGACGAUUCGAAUUGUCUACAACAACUUGCCAUUCCGGUUUGGUGAGUACGAAGAGUCAGUCAUUCUGAAGGAAGUCGUCACAAAAGAGCUGAUAGGGUUCAUCAGAGACAAUCGCUUGGGACAUAUCAAGUGUUUGACGAUGGUUGUUGACUUCUGGACCCCAAAGCAUGGUGGCGAAAAGUAUCUCGGUUUGCGCAUCUACUUCGUCGACUCCCACUUCCGACUGCGUACUGUGCUUCUCGGUACUCGUCAUUUCUUGCCCAUGUAUGGAGAACGCGACCAAGGGAUUCGCGGCCCUUUUGAGCGGUGGAUUUGUGGUAUUCUGUUUGACUUUGGCCUGUCCCCAAGCGACUUCUUCGGCUCCACCACUGACAGCAGCCCCGACGUUAAAUGGAUGAUGAACGAAGGGCUUGGAUUAAAGUGGGAAUGGUGCAUCCCUCACAUGGUGAACGCUGCCACCAAGAUGGGCUGCGGCUUGACGCGAAAAUCGCACAAUCCCGAGAUGUCUGAGUUGCUAAGCAAGCUAUCUCAAACGAUCCACGAUGGAGCGGGUACUGGAGAAGUGGCCAGCUCUGGAGGCAUGCAUUUGGUGCAGCUAUUAUCAAUCCUUACACCGAUUCUUCUCGUGACGAAGCGAUCACAGGCGCAGGAUACGAAUCAAGUGCAAGUCCUGCUGUCCUUGUAUACGAUGCGCAUGACUUCUCUCGCACUUGACAGCCCCAUCAGGCGCUACGACACGGCUCCGACGAACGCCGCCAAUGUUUUCGAUGACGACAUUUUGGCAACCUUUGCAGUUCAACCCAUCCGAAGCACCGAACGACCUGCACAACAACGUAACAAGCACGAUACUCUCAUCGCCGGUGAGCUGAAAAGGUGGCUAGAAGAUUCGGAUGGGCUGCAGAUGAUAACAGUUCCUGAUCCAGCCAAGACGAGCGUCCGCAGACCGGAGAGUAUCCUGGAAUUUUGGCAUCGGCAGCAGCAGUCCAAGCGCUAUGUCUUGCUACCCAUGGUUGCUCGCAUCCUGUUUGCAGUCCCAUCUUCGUCUGCUCAGAUUGAAAGGGACUUCGGCAACAGUGGGCAAAUGGUGACUGCCCUGCACAAGCACGGCUAA